AGUGAGGACUCCAUUUCCCAGCAUGCCUCGCUCAGGGCGAGAGGACAGCAUUUCGCCUAGAAACGCCAGGAGUCGGGGCCCUGAACCGAAACUGCUGCAGCCCAGGCUGAGCCGAAGGGUAACGGAUGCUGAGUGGACAGCUGGUCGGGCGCCUGUUCUCCAUGGCCGGCCGCGUCUGUCUGUCCCGGAGCAGCGCGGGGUCCGGGACCGUAGGGCCCGUCGAAGCCGUCAUUCGCACGAAGUUGGAGCAGGCCCUGAACCCCGAAGUGCUGGAACUGCGUAACGAGAGCGGCGGCCACGCGGUCCCCCCGGGCAGCGAGACGCACUUCCGCGUGGCGGUGGUGAGCUCUCGCUUCGAGGGGCUGAGCCCCCUGCAGCGGCACCGGCUUGUCCACGCUGCGCUGGCCGAGGAGCUGGCUGGGCCCGUCCAUGCGCUGGCCAUACAGGCGCGGACCCCUGCCCAGUGGAGAGAGAACCCCCAACUGGACGUGAGCCCCCCCUGCCUGGGUGGGAGCAAGAAAACUCGAGGACUCCCCUGAACCCCAGAAAGUGAGGACCAGGAUCUAAAUGGGCUGGGUGAGAGGAAGCUACUGGGGCCUUCUCCCCUGUAGUACAGUCCAAUAUUUGUAAGGGAGGAGGAUCGCUGGCCCCUCAUCCAACCAGCCUAUACAUUAUUCUCUGGAGGCAGCAACUCCUUUCAGAUCAAAGCUAACCCAAGGAAAGAGUAGAAUCACUCAUUACCGCCUUUGCCCUGGACUAUUCAGGAAAAGCUGCCCAGUGGCUUUAUGUUCAAUUGUGACUAAGGAACUACCAGAUCUGAUCAGCAGAAAUAAUCCGAUACAUUAAAAGAGAAAUUAUCAUA